UUUCUUCAUUACAACGAAUACACGUGUCUAUAUCGAUCCUAUGGAUCCAACAAACACGGCGCCAUUCAAUACCCAUCUCUCACGUCAUAUACUUACACGUCGUACCACGUCAACCACGGCACACAUGUUAUCGAUUGCGACAUUUGGGGAAUACCACUACUUGGGUGUGCUAACGAAAACGUGGAAGGUCUCCUUUUUACUCGUCAAAAGUAAAGAUAAAAAUCCGUGAAGAUGAAUCCCGCAGGACCAAGUUAUCCUAUGGCGUCUCUGUACGUCGGAGAUUUGCACCCAGAUGUAACAGAGGCCAUGUUAUUCGAGAAAUUCUCAUCGGCGGGUCCCGUGUUGUCUAUCCGGGUAUGCAGGGACAUGGUCACCAGACAAUCCCUUGGUUACGCCUAUGUGAACUUCCAGCAGACAGCCGAUGCUGAGCGAGCUUUGGACACAAUGAACUUUGACAAAAUUAAGGGCAGACCAAUCCGUAUCAUGUGGUCUCAGCGUGAUCCAUCUUUGAGAAGAUCAGGAGUUGGAAAUAUCUUCAUUAAAAACUUGGACAAAAGUAUUGAUAACAAGGCCUUGUACGACACAUUUUCUGCGUUUGGAAAUAUAUUGUCCUGUAAUAUUGCUGCUGAUGAAAACGGCUCCAAAGGCUAUGGAUUUGUACAUUUUGAAACCGAUGAAGCUACCAGAAAUGCCAUUGACAAGGUCAAUGGCAUGUUGUUGAACUGCAAGAAAGUGUUUGUCGGCAGAUCCAUGUCCAAAAAGGAGAGGAUGGAGGUCCUGGGAGACAAAGCCAAGAAAUUCACCAAUGUGUACGUCAAAAACUUUGGAGAGGAGCUUGAUGAUGCAAAAAUCUUUGAGCUCCUUGAACCCUAUGGAAAAAUAAUCAGCGCAAAGGUGAUGUCUGCUGAGGAUGGAGCCCCAGGAAAAUGUGGCUUUGUCAGCUUUGAGGACCCCGAGGCAGCUGAAAGGGCUGUUGAAGAACUCAACGGACGGGAGAUUAAUGGACGAAUCCUGUUUGCUGGCCGAGCUCAGAAAAACGCAGAAAGACAGCCUAAUCUGAAGGAGAAAUUUGAGCGCCUCAAGAUGGAGCGAGCAAACCGUUCCCGGGACGUCAAUCUGUAUGUCAAACACCUUGAAGAUACAAUUGAUGACGAGAAAUUGAGGAAAGAAUUCUCUCAAUUCGGAACCAUCACCAGUGCUAAGGUGAUGAGAGACGGUGGUCGCUCCACAGGCUUUGGGUUUGUGUGCUUCAGCUCUCCUGAGGAAGCCACAAAGGCUGUGACGGAAAUGAACGGCCGCAUCAUUGUGUCCAAGCCCCUGUAUGUGGCCCUGGCUCAGCGUAAGGAGGACCGUAAGGCCCACCUCGCCUCUCAGUACAUGCAGAGGAUGGCACAGAUGAGGCAACGGAUGGGCCAGAUGUUCCAGCCCUCUGGUGCCGGAUACUUUGUGCCCACGAUGCCCCAGACAGCCCAGAGGGGAUUCUUCCCACCCACCCAGAUCCCCCAGGUGCGCAGCAGCCCCAGGUGGCACGCCCAGGUUAGGCCGACUGUACGGCCCGCUGCAGCCUGGUGGACGCCCAGGCUACAAGUUCACCCAGAACAUGCGCAACCCUCCGCAGACCCCCGUCAUUCAGCAGCAGGCCAUGCCACAGGUGAGCAAGCCCAAGGUGGUUCAGAAAAGACGUCUUUGCUCUUGAUCACUCUACAUAGCAGAGUUGUUUCCCUUGUUUGCUGUAAAUUCUAACCCCUUCACAAACUUCUGAUUGCACGAAGAUGUGAUAGACAAUGUGUCACAUAGAGGUUGAUACAUAUUACGGUCUAUUAUUUGUGUUAGCAUGAUUUGAGGCUUGAAGACUUUUGUGUGGGGUUAUUCCCCUUUUGAUUAAGAGUAAAAUUAAAGGGCAAAUUCCACAAAGCCAUUUCUGAAAGCCAAAUCAAAUGUUAAAAUCUUUUUCACAAUGCAAUGGAAGGUGAAAUUUUGACACCUGUCUUAAAUAGUAUUGAUGAGGUGAACAAAAAACGCUACAACGUUGGAUACUGCAUUGAAUAAAAGCCUUCGUGAUGGCCUGGACACUUGCAUGUAACUUGGCUAAUAUGAGUUUCAUUUGCAAGAAAAUAACCAGGUUAUCUAAGUUGCCUAAACUUAGCAGAUCAAGUGAAUACUGAACUGCUAGUAUGUACUUAACAGAAACGAUAACUUCAUGAUUUUGACAGGUUGAGGAUGCUGUGGCUGUACUGCAGGCUCACCAAGCUAAAGAGGCUGCCAGCGCUGGUGCCAAGAAAGAAUAGGGUUCUCCGCAGAAGGGGAGAUAACUGGUCGGCCAGUACUACACACCUACACGGCACUGGAUUAUGGUGACAAAAAGACUAUGAUAUCACUGACACCAACAGUGGGGCGAUCCACGUCAUUCGAUAUUUUAUUCAUUUUAAGAUGUAUAGUAGUUUUCGUCCUUAACGCUCUUUCGUUAUUAUUCAAAACUAAGUAGUGUACCGCAUGAGAUUAACACACUGUUAUAUUUGAUCCAUAUUUGUCCGUGAAAUUGUU